CACAGUCUAUGAAUCAGUCUAUAACACCAAACCCAGUCUAUGAAUCAGUCUAUAACACCAAACCCACAGUCUAUGAAUCAGUCUACAACACCAAACCCAGUCUAUGAAUCAGUCUACAACACCAAACCCACUGUCUAUAAGCCAGUCUAUGAACCAGUCUACAACACCAAACCCACUGUGUAUAAGCCAGUCUAUGAACCUGUCUACAACACCAAACCUACAGUCUAUAAGCCAGUCUACAACACCAAACCUACAGUCUAUAAGCCAGUCUAUAACACCAAACCCACAGUCUAUAAGCCAGUCUAUGAAUCAGUCUAUAAGCCAGUCUAUUAGCAGGUCUAUGAAUCAGUCUAUAAGCCAGUCUAUGAACCAGUCUACAACACCAAACCCACAAGUUUAUAAGCCAGUCUAUAAGCAGGUCUAUGAAUCAGUCUAUAAGCCAGUCUAUAAGCAGGUCUAUGAAUCAGUCUAUAAGCAGGUCUAUGAAUCAGUUUAUAAGCCAGUCUAUAAGCCAGUCUAUAAGCAGGUCUAUUAAUCAGUCUAUAAGCCAGUCUAUAAGCAGGUCUAUGAAUCAGUCUAUAAGCCAGUCUAUAAGCAGGUCUAUGAAUCAGUCUAUAAGCCAGUCUAUAAGCAGGUCUAUGAAUCAGUCUAUAAGCCAGUCUAUAAGCAGGUCUAUGAAUCAGUCUAUAAGCAGGUCUAUGAAUCAGUUUAUAAGCCAGUCUAUAAGCCAGUCUAUAAGCAGGUCUAUGAAUCAGUCUAUAAGCCAGUCUAUAAGCCAGUCUAUAAGCAGGUCUAUGAAUCAGUCUAUAAGCCAGUCUAUAAGCAGGUCUAUGAAUCAGUCUAUAAGCCAGUCUAUAAGCAGGUCUAUGAAUCAGUCUAUAAGCCAGUCUAUAAGCAGGUCUAUGAAUCAGUCUAUAAGCAGGUCUAUGAAUCAGUUUAUAAGCCAGUCUAUAAGCCAGUCUAUAAGCAGGUCUAUUAAUCAGUCUAUAAGCCAGUCUAUAAGCAGGUCUAUGAAUCAGUCUAUAAGCCAGUCUAUAAGCAGGUCUAUGAAUCAGUCUAUAAGCCAGUCUAUAAGCAGGUCUAUGAAUCAGUCUAUAAGCCAGUCUAUAAGCAGGUCUAUGAAUCAGUCUAUAAGCCAGUCUAUAAGGAGGUCUAUGAAUCAGUCUAUAAGCCAGUCUAUAAGGAGGUCUAUGAAUCAGUCUAUAAGCAGGUCUAUGAAUCAGUUUAUAAGCCAGUCUAUAAGCCAGUCUAUAAGCAGGUCUAUGAAUCAGUCUAUAAGCCAGUCUAUAAGCAAGCCAGUCUAUAAGCCAGUCUAUAAGCAGGUCUAUGAAUCAGUCUAUAAGCCAGUCUAUAAGCAGGUCUAUGAAUCAGUCUAUAAGCCAGUCUAUAAGCAGGUCUAUGAAUCAGUCUAUAAGCCAGUCUAUAAGCCAGUCUAUAAGCCAUGGUCUAAUACCAUGUUAUUUUUCAUUCACACCAAUCUGCAGCGUCUUUGGUUUACAACAACCGUGCAUUUCACACCACAGUCUCAUCCCGUCUUCUAUUCCUGACUGUAACAUCAACUGUGUUACAACAUCAAUCACAGAGACCUGCACCUGGCUGGCACUGACUGUCUAUUUCAAGAAAACAGUCCGU